CCGGUGCUUUUUCCAUAACUUUUUCUCCCAACAUGGCAAGACGUGACUAACACCCUACAAUAAACCUCGCCAAUAGACAGCUUCCACGUGUCACUCCCGCUCCUUUCGACUUCGCGACUCAAAAAGCCCCUGCAUCUUGUGUUGAGUGGUAUAAAUUUAAAACAACAUUUUUAUUUUGAGAAACAGUUUUUCAAAAACGUUUCGAUUUUGAAUUUUGAAAAUUCGUUUCUGUUGCCAAAUAUUUGGGAGUUGAAGUCCUCGACCUUUUUCAUUCUCUUGAAUGGAAGCAAUCAGGAAGCAAGCCACAAAGAUUAUAGACCAGGUCGCAAAGCAACAGCAGGCUGUUCUCAAGCAGUUUUCUGGUGGUGGUUAUGGUGGCCCAGAUAAUGUCCUCACUGAUGAGUCAGAACUUCAGCAACAUCAAAAACUUGAGAAACUUUACAUAUCAACCCGUGCUGGGAAGCAUUUCCAAAGGGAUAUUGUCCGUGGUGUGGAAGGUUUCAUAGUUACUGGGUCCAAGCAAGUUGAAAUAGGUACCAAGUUGUCAGAAGACAGCAGAAAAUAUGGUGUUGAAAACACUUGUACCAGUGGCAGUACCUUAUCUAAAGCUGCAUUAAGCUUUGCUAGAGCUCGUGCUCAAAUGGAAAAGGAGCGUGGAAAUCUACUGAAAGCUCUUGGCACCAAGGUUGGAGAACCCUUAAGAGCAAUGGUAAUGGGAGCUCCCUUGGAGGAUGCUCGACAUCUUGCUCAACGAUAUGAGAGAAUGCGAAUGGAAGCUGAAGCUCAGGCUAUAGAAGUUUCCAAACGUCAAAUUAAGGCGAGGGAAUCCAUGGGCAAUCCUGAUAAUGUUUUGAAGCUGGAGGCUGCUGAAGCCAAGCUUCAUGAGCUGAAGUCAAACACAGCAAUAUUAGGUAAAGAAGCGGUCUCCGCAAUGGCAGCUGUAGAAGGCCAACAACAAAGGUUGACUCUUCAGCGAAUUAUUGCCAUGGUUGAAUCAGAGCGCAGUUAUCAUCAAAGUGUCCUGCAGAUACUUGAUCAGCUAGAAAGUGAGAUGCUGGCAGAGCGUCAACGAAUUGAAGCUUUUCCUAGUCCAACUGCAAAUAAUGCCAUGCCUCCUCCCCCAUCAUAUGAUGAAGUGAACAAUGUCUUUGCUUCUCAAACAUACGGUGAAUCAACAGGCAGCGUGGGCUAUUUCUUAGGAGAAGUCAUGCAUUCAUUUCAAGCUGAAUCUGAUGUGGAGUUGAAUUUGUCAGUUGGUGAUCAUGUUGUGAUACGAAAGGUGUCAAACAGUGGCUGGGCAGAAGGUGAAUGCAGAGGAAAAGCAGGUUGGUUCCCAGUUGGAUACAUAGAAAGACGAGAACGCGUUCUUGCAAGCAAGUUGGUGUAAGUCUUUCAAAUCUUUUUCAAGUCUAUGUUUCUCUUGCGCUUGACAUACGUGGGAUUAGAGCAUUCAUAUCUUCUUUAAGUGGGAUAUGGUUUUUGGGUUAUUUGUUCUUUGUCCAUGGGCUGUAGUUGUUUGUGCUGCUUUUAAUCUUAUUCCCCAUCAAUGUAGAUGUUUAUAUAUCACAAUGAAAGGAAUGAUUAAAUCUUGUUUUUCUUUGAUUCCUA